GAAACGUAUCCAUGUAUGGGCAUUUUUGCAAAAGCAUUAAAAAAUAAUCACGAUAUUUUUACUUUCCGUCGUUCUCGACGCAGCAAUUUCUUGAGAGCAAGCUAUCAAAUACAAAUUGGAAAUGCUACCAAAUGCUAACGAUUUAAAUAGAAUUAGUUUUAAUAUGUCGUGCAGGGAGAUAAUACCAGUCACCGGUAGAUGGCAACUCCGAGCGAUGAAAUCGAUUAUGAAUGAAAGUACUCGAGCACUCGGAACCUGAAAUUCCUACAAUUGACAUUUUUCACACCAUUCAACGCUCCUUGUUCCAUACAUCAAAGUAGAGGAAAAUUUCAUAUCCUCGAGAAUAAUUCAAUAAAGCCUAGCGACAAGGCGUUUCCCGUAUUUCAGAAUAGAAAAAAAAUAUCAAAGUUCCAUCUAAUAAAGUAAAAUUGAAACGGUUAAAUCUUGUGACUAGUAAGAUUAUUUUUGAGCAUUUCGGCGGCACCUUUGAAUCCGGAGGUGGCAGGACCCGUGGACUCUGGACAGGUUCGGACAUGACCGAACAGGCCUCCGUGGACCUCUCUCCGGUCAGCUUCGCGUCACGGCAGGAAUCGACGUGGUAGUAGCCAUCCGAAAAACAUCAAUUGCCGUGUGCCCACCCACCAAGAUGGCUCCCUUACGGGCCAGUACUCGACAUUUGACGUCCAGUUAUUUACAUGCCCGCAACCCUUGGGGGCUCCGCGAGGAAUCUUGAGAGGCCGCGUCGAAGAGCGGCCACGAGGAGAUAAACAGUGCCAUUCCAGAUAACCAUUGCUCAUAGUUGUGCUAAAAGUUUUGAACGUAACGAUUAACAAUAAAGGUAAUACUUGAUGAUUCCAAGUUAUCACUGCUAACACGUGACAAGAUGUGAUGCUUCGAUUAAUGAUCUUUGAUCUAAACAUUCUUAGAGCAAAAGUGACACAAAUGACAUUCCAAAGAACGCGCUUUAUACGUCGAUUUUCAAAGAGUAUAUGUGCAACAAUUCAUGGACAGACACGAAAUUAUGACAUCGUUCGAGUAUCCAGCAUGGUGAUAUAAAGUGAAAUUGAGGAAACCAAUGACGAGGAAAGUGAUGUUACCAAAGGGAAGAGGCAGUGAUUUUUAUAUGGGAUUUUAAAUAAAGAAGUAACGGUGAAAAUCAAAAACAGUGGUUUUGAUAAAAUUAUAUGAAAAACAUUGUUUUGAAUCUAUGAGCACAAGUAUCAAGGAUGUCGACAACAAGGCCCUUCUGAAGAGAAUUCAAUAUAUUUUCUCAUCGAUCGUCUUUGUAUACUGAAUCGUACAUUGUUGGAAAGAUGGCUCGUAAGAACGAUAACGUUAAAAGCAUCAAUGUUGCCGUCGUUGGCUUGUCUGGUACAGAAAAAGACAAAGGACAAGUUGGCGUCGGAAAGUCGUGUCUCUGUAAUCGUUUCAUGCGCUCACUCUGUGACGACUACAGCGUGGAUCAUAUUUCUGUUCUGUCACAGUCCGACUUCAGUGGUCGAGUCGUGAAUAACGAUCACUUUCUUUACUGGGGAGAAGUGACGAAGUCUAUGGAAGAUGGAACCGAAUUUCAAUUUCAAGUGAUAGAACACACUGAAUUUAUAGAUGAUGCUUCCUUUCAACCUUUCAAAGGAGGCAAAAUGGAACCUUAUGCGAAAAGAUGUUCUGCCACCAAGAUUACCAGCGCAGAGAAGCUGAUGUAUAUUUGCAAGAAUCAAUUAGGGAUUGAGAAGGAGUAUGAGCAAAAGGUUCUACCGGAUGGGAAAUUGAAUAUCGACGGGUUUCUGUGUGUCUUUGACGUUAGUGUAGUACCGAACCGUUCCAUAGAGAAGCAGAUAGAGAUAGUGGCAAAUAUACUGAACAAUCUAAUGAAGACCAAAAAACCAUUGAUAUUGGUCACGACCAAGAAUGACGAUGCAAGUGAACAGUACGUGAAAGAAGCUGAGAAAUUGGUCAUGCGGAAGGAAUACAAGAAUUCAAUUUUGUUAGUGGAGACUUCCGCACACGAAAACAUAAAUAUUGAUUUGGCCUUUGUACUUUUGGCACAAAUGAUUGACAAGACCAAGAUGCGUAGUAAAGUGACUCCUUUCGCUGAAGCAGCCAGAGCUAGAAAGGAACUUUUGGAUUCUUCGACAGAGUCUUUGCAAAGGCUCAUUCGGGUACAUGUUACCGAUUAUAGAGCACUCUGGUCUCAAGCAUCCAAAAAGUUAGCACAGUACAAAGAGUUCACAACCUUUGUGGAAUUGUUUGGCAUCGAUGCUACUCAGCGACAAUUCAGAAGACACAUUAAAAAAUUAAAAGACGAACAAGUGGCCAAGAAGAUUCAAGGCUACUUAGAUAUGCUGCCAGAAAUACUUCAAGAAAUAUGUCCAGACAUAUCUAAUUUAAUUAACGAGGAUUGGUCUAUGGUGCAACAGUACAUAAAGGAACAUCCUGAUUUUCAUCAGUACUUUUAUGAAUGCCCCGAAGAUAUUCCUUGGAUCGAUUAUGAUUUUGGAGAAAAUAACACUUCAAAGAUUCCGUAUGAUGUAUUGGAAACACCAGAAGCAGAGACUGUGUUUAAGAACCAUGUAAAUGCUCUACAACAAGAGCAGCGAAGACUCGAACUUCCAAAAAGAUGGAAGAAACAAUUCAAACAGUUACUAGAAGAAACCGGAUAUGUUACUCCUGGCAAACAUUUGUCAGAAGUUAGAGUGCUUUUCAUGGGACGGGAAUGUUUUGAAGCUCUUUCUCAUCUCGAUUGUCACGAAAUUUAUGAUCAGCAUCAAAAAGAAAUUAUCGAAAAGGCAAAACACAAUUUUCAGGAAUUAUUAUUGGAACACGCAGACCUAUUUUAUCAUUUCAAAAGUAUAGCUCCUUCGGGAACAAUCACGCAAGACGAUAUCAAAGAAAUCACUGAUGCUUUGAUAGAUGACUUUAGAUAUAAAGCUUUAGAUAGACUCGAUCAGGAUCGAAAGCUAAUGCUGUUCCAGCAUUUGGGAUUUGUACAUUGCCCAAGAAGAGAACACUGUCCAGCAUUUCCAAAUUGUAUGGAUGCUCUAAUAGAACGAAUACUUGGAACAAAAGCGCACAGACCGUCCUCGUGGAACCACAGUAGCCAGUGGCAACUAUCAUCAGAAAACAAUGAAUUAAAUUUAGUUAUACUUGGCAGUAAUGGUCUCAGUGAAGAAUUUGCACGUGAAAUCAGAGCACAGACAGAAGACGAUGAGGUGGAGAUCGAUUGUCAGUUGUAUACCCUCGGUUACAGAGUCAUCGAUGGGGAUGUAGGAUUGCCGCAUAAUUCUUUUACUACUUCUGACUUUAUGCCACACGGAUCCUUCUGCAUCUAUGCAAACGAGGAGUCUUUCGAAUAUAUACGCUCUUCUUUGGAAAAGACCCUUUUAUCAAAUCUAGAGCAAGAGGACAGGCUCCCUUUUCAGGGUUUGCCAAUUGUUAUAAUGUUCGUCCCAGAAUCCAGUAUUGAUGAGAUUGAAGCGUUACGUCUCAGAGAAGAAGGCCAGAGUCUUGCAGACAGCUUGCAGUGCCCUUUCAUCGAUGUGUGCAUCGAUGACUUAGAACCGGAUAAGAGAUUUCCCACAGCACUUGUGAAAGAUGCACUUCAGCAACUCAUACAAUCUAUAAAUCACCGUGCAGGUUUCUUGAACAUUUAUCAAAGUGUCAUUGAGUGCUUGGAGCCUGACAUAAGAAUAAUAAUGUGUAUGUUUUGUGGAGAUCCUUAUUCGGUAGAAAACGUUUUAGGGCCAUUGUUGAGUCAUCAGUGUUGCUUUUUGAGUGGUGACAGAUCUAUCGUAUUGGAAACGUUCCUAGGGGAGUCGAAGCGACGAGUCGAAGUUAUAAUUUCUAGUUUUCACGGGGCAAAUGCAUUUAGAGAUGAACUGGUCCAUGGAUUCAUUUUAGUGUAUUCUACAAAACGGAAAGCUUCUUUAGCAACCCUUAAUGCCUUUUCAAUGAACAUACCAAAUUUACCGAUCCAAAUAAUGGCUGUAACUGACACUGGUGGAGCAAAUGCCUUCUUCAGUAACGACUUAAGUCAUGCACUCAUCACGGAGGGAAAUGCCAUUGCAGACAGAUUGCAAGCGCAUUUCAUGACAUCGGCAUCAAGUUGUCAACAAAAAACUGCUUUCUACACUCCGUUUUUCAAAGAAGUCUGGGAGAAGAAACCUGAAAUCGAACAAGCAUUUAACAUGGAAGAGCCUGGUAAUUUGAACGAUAGCGGUGAAGGUACUUUGGAGUACUCCGCUUUACAUCCGAUGCCACCUCCACGUCAUGAGAGCUAUCAUCUGCAGACACCGGAUGAUGGUAUGUCCGUGACUUUUAGGAGCGGUUCGGAGUCGUACGAGCAGUUAACUCCGGAUGGAGACCUUGGUGAUACUGGGCUGACCGAGCAAUUUGCUGACAACAGAGCCACUCCUAGUGACGAUAGCGAUAUAUACAGUCAAGUCGAUUUUCACAGGGAGGAGAGAGAAAGGGAGCUAUUAAAGAGCGGAGACAUCCCUAACAAGCUGUCAGGUUGGGUCAAAGACACAUUUAUGCAUCAAGAUGGAGUUACGAACAGUUACUCUCAUCGCGCGUUCACUACCGGACGGCGACACAUUUCUCAGAUGAAACCAAGACCGAAAGGAAACAGUCAAACCCUGAAGCAACCUGGGAAAAUCAAUUUAAAGGACUUUUCAAAUGUGACAGACGCGAUAGCUAGGAUGACCAUAGGAGAGAAGGAUGAGCAUGGUAGUAAAAUCGGCAUGGGUCAUGCCCCUCUCGCGACUCCUGAACUGGUAGAUCUUGGCUCUGAAUAUGCACAAGUUAAAGAUGUGGUACCAAAUUUAUAUUCGGCUUAUGAUGGCGACUACAUGUAUGCUUUGGUUCAGGAUUCUAUUGGAAAUAACAAGUCGAAACUACGUCAUAGGCGAGAAAAGGGACAACCAUCAUACAGUGACUCGGAUUCGGAGUGGAGUUCCUUGGAGAGACAGAGGGUCGCGGACGUGAUAGGAAAGGGCACCAAGAAACCUUCAUCUCAUAAAAGAAUACGUAAAAAACGUACUGCGAUACCAGUAGCUACUCCUAAGGUACCAUCGUUAGUUAGUAUGGGCAGUGGAGAUGGGAUCGUUGGACUGAAUUACACAAUGAAGGAAGAGAAGAAUUGGCGUGUCGAGCCAGUGGAACGAGUAGUAUCGAGCGAAACGCCAGACAGUUCUGAAUCAAGCGACCCAGAACACACCUCCAGGUCUAGGUCAAAACAGUAUAAACAUGCAGCAGUGAGCUUAAGAAGAAGGUUUGGAAAUUCGCUGCAACAUCAGCAUCUUGCUGCAACGUUGCAACAUCCUUUCAAUUUGAAACACAUGACACAAGAAAUGUUUAGUACGGCCUCUAAACAAAGGGUUGAUAAUUCCUUCGGCAACAUUCCAGACGACGAGUCCAGUUUAGACGUCUCCUCUCCACGGGAAAUCAACUCUCCCAGCCACGUUACUGAACAGUUUGGUAUCCUGGCGAAGGGGAAGGAAGGCGAUAAACUUAGUCGAAAGAGGGACAAGCAGAAGGCGAAGGAGGACGAGAAAAUGGAGAAACGGCGACUCAAGGAGGAAAAAUUGAAGAAGCACGCGGAAAAAGAAAAGGAGAGAGAAAAGAAGAAGCAGGAGAAACUUAAACAGACCAAAGCUGGAAGCGGCGCAACCAUGUCUGGACAAUCGCAGCUUCAACAACCUUUAAUCGAAGACUUUGCCCAGAGCGAGACAAAUAGAAUCCCUCUCUUUCUUGAGAAAUGUGUACGUUUUAUCGAGGACGAGGGUUUAGACUCGGAAGGAAUAUACAGGGUGCCUGGUAACCGAGCACAUGUCGAGCUGCUCUUUCAGAAGUUUGAAGAAGAUGGUAACGUGGAUAUACAUUCGUUGGACAUUCCUGUAAAUGCCGUAGCAACUGCUUUGAAGGACUUCUUUUCGAAAAGGUUACCGCCAUUGAUCGACAAAGACCGUAUGAGUGAAUUGGAGGAUAUAUCGGGUGCACGCGGUAUCAGCAAACCGAUGUCAGCAACUUGCAUGAAUAUGGAAGACCGAAGCUGUAGACUGCUCGCCUUGCGUCUCAUGCUUAACAAGUUGAAUCCGGUGAAUUUCGACGUCUUGAAAUUUAUUUUUCAACAUUUCGUCAAAGUUGCCGAGAACUGUAAGUUGAACAGUAUGGACAGCAAAAACCUAGCAAUCUGCUGGUGGCCAACUCUUCUGCCGAUAGAGUUUAACGACCUAGGCAGGUUCGAAGCUAUGAGGCCGUACUUGGAGGACGUUGUGCAGACGAUGAUCGAUCAAUAUCCAUUCCUAUUCUGUGGCAAGGAAGCUAUCGUCAUGGUUUGAGUGACGGACCUCGUCCUGGGAGCUUUACCGAGCAGGAAGAGCAACGACAUUAAUGGCGCAUAAGUGAUCAGCGCAAUGAUAACGUGUCGUUUCUCCGUCCGGAGCAUCGCGAGUCGGCUUCGGCACGUUUUGUAUGAAUCGUUCGACUCGCGUCGUUUAACAGUCAACGCAUAAUAGUUGGUCUCACAUUUAGUUGAUAAUUAUUAGGGCGCGUACCCUUGUAAGAUGUCCUCUUUGCCAAGGUGAAUCGAUCGGAGUAUGGACUUUCUUAUAAAAAAAGGAAUACCGACACGAAUAGUCGGACCCACAAGAGGUCACGUUGCUUCUCUUUUUUUUCUUCUGAAAUCGGCGAACGCGAGUAGAAAGAGUCAAUGAGUCAAUCCAUGUGUCAUAACGGUAUGCAUGUGUCAUGUUGGAUGUAUCGAGAGAGAUGUAUUUAUUGAUCAGUGAACGCUAAGAGUCGGCGCGUUCGAUCCUUAAUGGCUAAUUAGUGUACGAGAGGUCGAUGUUGCUUUUUCUUUAGUUUACGAUUUUGUUUUAUUUGAUUUUUAUUUUAUACGUGUACACUGUAAGGGAGAUUGGCGAAUGGGAUAAGAUCGCGAACCCAGCCCAGACUUUCUGAUCUCCGAUUGUAAUCAGGAAAGCGGCAGUAAAUCUUAAUUAACGUCGGGGAACUUUACCCUACAAUAACAAUGAUUUUAAUCCAAUUAAAUGGAAGUAAAUACUCAUUCUUAAUAAUAAAAUUUCACAAAUGUCCUGAGCUUCCUGCCGAAAUUUCACAUUCCGAGGGAGUUAAGCUUCUAGACGGAAAAAAAGUCUUUCGCAAAUCUCCCGGUUGUGCGUAAUUAGCUAGUAAUAAUUUUAAGUUCAUGAAAGAACGUUACGCGUGACUGUGAAAAAUUUAUUUGCGUAUUAACAAAGAUUAUGUUCAAAUCAGUUCUUUUUACAGGGUAGAUCUUGUGGUUAGGAAGGAUUCUAUGCAAUUUUAGAUCGAUGAAAGUUAAGUUUCGUGUAUUAGGAUUAUUAGCUUGAUGAUUUUUGAGACAGACGUGUCUGUGGUUGAAAAUUUGAAUAAUCUCAAAAAUAGACGGAAAGAUCUCGAUGCACUGGAUUCGACCUAACGGAUGUAAUGGAUUAAGUGUCCUCGAUAUGCGCUCUUUGCAUAAACGAUUUUGACGGUAUUUACCAGUGAUAUACAGCGUAUGUUUCGAUCCCUGUAAAUAAGGAGGAACGUCAUAGUAAUUGCUGAGACAAUUUGAAAUAACAACACACGCACAAGUUACGGUACGCUGGAAAACCUAAGGGCAGGUUCUCGAUCGUUUGAUAAAUCUUUGACACACAAUAAAUAAUAGCAGAUGUUAGAUAAGUCAAAAUACACGGCAGAUAAUCCCUGCUAAUACCGUGAUAUGACAUCGGCUACAUUCUGCAGUCAGCCGAGAAUGUCGAUUGCGGAAAAGAGCUAUAACUUUAAGCUAAUCUGCUUUUAUAGAGCCUGACGACUCUAAAUAAAUUUAAAUGAAUGUACAGUAAUAUUUAUUUGUACAAAUUAUCGAGGGAGCGAUUCAUCACGCGCGAGAAACAUUUUGUAUCAUUUUUUAAGACGGUCGUGUGCGAAUACACAUUUUUUUUUUUACGAGUGUAAAAUAUUUUAUUAUUUGUUUCAAACGGCACAUUCGAGCUUGAAUGUUUGUAAGCGUUUAUAUUUUGUAUUGAUCGUCAUAAUGUACGAAUAUCGUUUAUUUGAGUUUAGUACAAUUUAAGAGGAUAGUACGAUCGACAUUAAUAAUUGUGGCGAAAUUGGUGAACAAUUGGCAUCAAUGACUAGUAUUAUUAUUUUCUAUAUUGAGAUUCAGUAUGGAAGUCUCCAUGUAAAUUAUUUUACGUUUAAGUACUAAGUGGCGCGGUUACACGAUUUCUUUGUAAACGAAUACAUUAAUUUUUGAGAAUCCGAUAACUCUGGAAAGCCCUCUGCAAUACGUUGAAGUUAGGUCGAAAAUAUCUCGAUUAAACAGCGAGCAUGGUAAUUUCGCUUAUUUACAUUCCUACUUUACACAUCUAUGGAAGCAGUAUUACAAUCUUGAAGUUAUAUCACCGUCAUCGGAAAGCGGAGCAUAGCGAUUACCCGAUAUCGCGUGAACGCCUGUAAGUACGUUCGCUAGGAAAAGAAAAAAAUUUAUAGAAAUAAAUGUUCAGGGACUUUUUCGGAUCGUCUAGCGUAGCAUUUUAGGGGUCCAGUCGCGAGAGCGAGCGAUGGUCAACAGUGAUAGGAAAGUAUCGAGACCUGCCCGUACGAAUAGUUGGUAAUAGUUUCCUCUAGAUGUGCCAUAAUUUAUACAAUUUGAUGUUACAAUCGUAAUAAUUGUAUGCCUUCGGACGACUUAUGGGUCAAAAGCUCGCCUCCGUAGCUCUCUUCAUACAUUUCUCCGUAUGUAUGCGUACUUAAAUACCGUGCGAACACGCACGUCGGCUGCGAGUCUUUGAUCUUCGAAGCCGUUGAGACAACAGGUUUUUUAUCUGGAAGGUGGAGGGCGAAAUGUCCCGAGCACGCUCCAAGUGAGUUCGCUCGAAAGCGUCGACUCGUUUCGCGAUUUUCAAAGUCCCGCCAAAUUUUCCCGCCCCCCGACGAGGGACUUCGGAAAUUUUCCAUCGCGCGAGAAAAUGCAAAGAAGAGACCACGCGUAUCCUUUAUAGCAUUGAAAACAAUUAUUAAAGCGUUUGCAUCGAGAGAAGCGAAAUCAUUUAUUUAAGGAUAUUCCGUACGUUGCCGAAUUCAACAUGGCCGACGAUAACUGCGAUCAAAACUUAACUGACGAUUUAACGGCGGUAUUACUUCCUCUAUUAACUAUUCCACGCUUGAUAUGCCGAGUGAUUUGCGUCCCGUAAAUAUGACGCCUCCAAACGCGGCAUUGUCAUCGGUCGUUACUGGCGUCGAUCGUUAAAAAGCCCGUUUCGAAGUCGACCCGUUCGAGCGAUCGCGCGUGCAUGUUUCGUAAUUAAUGAAGCGAAAGAGCGAAAAUGAUGUGUUUGUACGAUCUGUGAGCGAAAUCUCGCGACCGGCGGAUCAAUUAGAUUUCCGCCGCGCCGCGAUCGAGUUUUAUACAUUCGUACGUGCGUAUUUCUAAGGAGUAGCCUUAAAGUUAAAGUGCGCAUAGCAGGCCGACCUCGCGCACGAUUGGGAGCACCGAUGCAAUUGUCUUAGGGACGACUGCGAGGCCGAAUUUUUGCGAGCACUUUUUUUUUAGCCCUAUAGGAAAAAUCAAGCCCUCGAGAUUAAGUCGUCUCGAAACGGUUUCGAAAAUCCCAUUCCCGGAGGAGUGGGCAAAUCUCGUUCCGCCGUGAAUGGUUAACUACCGCCUGUAGAAAAUGAAGUUUUAAGCCCGAGUUAUAGGGUCGCAUUUAAAAUCAAUUCGAAGGGUUCCGAGCCAGAGUUCGGGGGUCGAAUCCCGCUCGUUUAUUGGCCGAGCCGGUAAAUAAAUCGCGACUUAGCGCUUAAGCUCGCUCGUAAAAUUCCGGCUUUGGAGCCGUCUCGAGGAUCCCGAUCGCGGGAAAUCACGGAAACGUGGUCGGGAAAUGGUCUCCUCGGACCGAUCCGGGAACGUAAACGGCAACGAUAUCUGCCCUUUUGUCGACGUAUGGUCGAGGACUAAACUCGAUUUUCUCUCUCGGAUGGCGCGACGUUCCCUUUUUCCUACUUCCUUGCGAUUAGUAUUUACGCUCUCGUUCGAGGUUCCUCCUUCUAGCGCGAUUUCCUCGGUCAAUCUGACGGGCGAAGCCUAACGCUCCGAUUUCUCGAAACGCCUCGAUUUUGGGCUUUUGCUUCCCUCUUCUCGCCGAUCUCGAUCGGUCCGAUACGCGAGGAACGAUGCAGUGUCCGAUCGAUAAAUGACCAAGUCAGUCUGCUAAUUUUUUUUUUUGGCAGAUGUUAUUUUAUGAUUUAUUAUUUUUAAUUUGUUUUCAAUGUAUUUUCGGCCGUUGCAUUAAUACACGAGGUUAUCGGGUCGGUCCGAUAAUGUGUAGGAUAGGAAGAGGUAUGGGCCACUUUCCGCCAAGGAUCGCAUUCUCCAGGAAUUUUCGGACAUUCGAACCUUAUCGAGGGACUUUUACUCUAUUUGGAGAUCGGAUAACUGAAAUGUUUGCAGGGGUUAAGCGCAUUUCGAACGUUUCCCUUCUUCGAUCCAAUACGCUUUCAGGCUCGCUUCGUAAAUAUUUUCCAAGGUGUAUAUUUAAUUUUUUCUCUGCGAUUUCUUAUUAGCGUUUCGAUAUCAACCAAAAUGUGUUCAACUUUGAAGGGUAUUUCUUUUUUUUAUAGGCAUUCCAUUGCGCGUUUAGCAUGUUCAUUUUUCUCAUGAAUCUCUUAAUUGCGUUAUGCGUAGGUGAUAUUUAUUUCAUUCGAUGUCUCUAUACCAAAGAGUGUUCAACCUUGAAAUGUAUUCACUUUAUUGUUUUUGAAAGCGAAUCAUUUAUUCGACUCGAAAUUCCUUGGAUCUGGCGUCGAUACCACUCUCGUUCCCGCGUACUUGUGAUUCGCGAUCGAAGGUUCGAUUUCCGACCGUUGAUCGAUAGCUCAACGAUCGAGCGAUCGGCCUAAUCGUCGUAGCCGUUUCCCUUCGAAUUCGAUGAGCGCCUCGUUUGUCACGUUUCUUCAUUUUUAACCCUAACCGAUCUAUACCGAAAUUCGGAGGACGGAUUUUUACGGAUUCCCAGGUGGUAGCUUCGCGUACAGGGCGGGAUAACUGAAGAGAUAUGGAAAUAUCAUAGAACGUGUCGUAUCUCCAGAUAUGACAUUACGAAGCGCACUUUCGUUCCACCGAGGUCCGGUACUAGCCAUACUUUCGAAUUUCUUGGAAACUAUGCUAUUACUCCUACGGUACCUUAAAUAAUUAAUUACUAAUUAGUAACGAAUUAAAUCCAAUGGGAAUUCUCUCGAUCUGGGAAUACUGUAUAUAAGACGUAAACGUAACUGGAGCUCGAGCGCAAUCCGAGGCGACUGGUGGACGCCGCUGAUAUUUGUGUAAAAUUGAAGAUAUGUGCAGUAUUAGGGCUUUUUCUAGAUAACUUAGUGUUUACACGUAUAUAUAUAAAUAUUCUAUAUAAAUAUAUUUAUACAUCCAACAUGGCGUGCCCUGUGGAUCUCGAGUCGCCGAUCGAGCGGGCAUCCCUCAACCGAAGAGGGACGGCAUUUUCGAGCCAUCGAGCACAUGUACGUAGCCGGGAAUAUCCACGGGAGAUCCAUGAGAUGUCCUAGGUCCUUCCUGUGAAAAAAAUCAAUUUUUUCCUUAAUCAAACCGUAGCCUCGAUAAAUACUUACUCCGCGGCGGUUUACGCACCCAGAAAAUAAGAAAGUCUUUCGACCGAGAGAAAUAAAUCUUUUCGACGCGGUUUUGCCAUCCAUUCCGGAGAUACGAGUCUACUCGAGUCCGAGCAUUUGUCAUUCCUCGAAUAUAUUCUCCCUGGCGCGAAUAAAUUGCAAAGCUACACCCCAUCGGGAUUGAUUUAUCUCGAGGAUGUUUUUUCAUUCCCCGACGGCGCGAAUCAACCGCCACCGACUUCUCGUAAAUCCCGUAAAUCGAGAAGGUUUGCACUUUUGUUCGACGUUUAAGUGGAGAUCCCUCGGUAGAUGUCCCGUGGAUAUUCCCGAGGUCCCGAGGAAAAGCCAGGAGCGAGUAGCGUCAAUUUGCGAAAGCACAAAGAGGAACCGACCAAUCGGGCGAGCCCGACGUCGGCCAUUUUGGAUCUAGGGGAAACCGUAAAUGGCGCGUCGUCCUCGCCCGGCCCUUUGCUCUCCCUCACCGAUCGAACCCCCCGAAACUAACUAUAACGACGCUUUUUAAUGUGUAUAUAUUGUUGCUUACGUUUGGCCGCCGUGUAUAUCGAGGCUGCGGAUAUAUUAACGAUUAAUAUUACCGGUGCGAGCGAGGCGGGGGAUUUCUCUCGCCAAGGUCGGCGAGACGGAUCGUAUAAAAGAAAGAAGGGAGACGACCGAUCGAUCGCGAUUUCAUCCCUCGAUCUGCAUCCAGCUCCGAUCCAGCGGACGUCGACGGUCCUUCGUCGGCAAGGGAUAUUAUUCCCGAGGCCUAGGUACUUUUUCUAGCCCCCUAGUUCUCACGACUUCUUCCGCCCUCGUUUCAAGCGGACGAAUUCACCCGGUCGGAUAAUUCCGAGCGAUGUUCCGUAAAAUCUUCCGAAAUUCCACCGUCACGGGGAGUUAAGACGCGUCUCGCAUCCCGUCGCGAUUAUUUCUCGCUAAUGGCGCGCGAUCCGUGACGUCGGGAAUCGCACGUAGGGUGUAUUAAAUUCAUAACCGUAAUUCCGUGCUAUACAUUAACGCGGGGCAUAACUUAACGUUACGGUUGCGGAAGUUGUACGAACUCGGAAGCCCCGUGCCGUUAAUCUUUACGGAUGUACCCACACGUAACCGUGACAUAUCGGGGCUACUUAACGUUGGCCGAGAAAUGUAUCGCGAACAAUGUAUGCAAAUCCGCGGCCCGACGAAGGAAACUCAACCGACCGAUCGACGUCCGAGGAGAUUUUGCGGCCUUCCCGGGAAAUUAGAACGGUCUCGGACGGCAUUCGCGGUUUCGCCGUCGCCGAAAGACCACCCUCGCGACUCGAUCGCCGAUCGACCGAGUUUCUUUUCCAGUACCGAUCGAUCGAUCGCUCGGGGAGUCACCCGAACGACGUUGCGUAUCGCGUUGCACCGCUUGACGAUUCGACUCGUCAGUAAUUCGAGUCGAUUUUUCGGAAGCCCAUCGGUCACGCGUGCUCGAUCGUUUUGUGGCCGAUUGGCGUCCGUCGCUUUUUCCUAACGAGACUCAGAUUCUAACCUCCGACAGUCGAAUUAACGAACUGGAGAGCGCCUACUGGUGGUUAAGAGACAUUGAUGAAAUAAGAGAAAAAGACAGAAGUAUCGGUGUCCAGGAAGUAUUUAAAAAUAAAAAUCGUCUUUAUGUACAA